UAUUACUAUAUCUUUCUAUAAGUUUUGUAUAAAUUGUCUCUUAUCUUGAUACUGUUCCAUAAAGGUCUACCCUUACUAUAUUCAAUGUCUAUCAUUUUAGAGUAUAAACAUUUUAUACAUCGUAAGUGGCACAUAUUUAUAUACGUAUAAUAUGUCAAAUGCUCAGGCUUCUGGAAGCCUUAUAUUGGUUGUUAUCCUCUAACGAACGCCGGUCGAACGUAAAAAAUCUGAUGGUAGGCUAAGUUUAGACAAAUUUCUCCGAAUUACAAAAUUAUUCUGUUAAAGGUUAUUAGCAUUAAUUAACGGAACAGGCCACUUUUAUAAUAAAAGAUAGUAUAGCCGGAAUAUUAUCUAUUAGGAAAAGAUUUCCUUUCAACCCCGAAGCCCAGCAAAAAAAAGGGCUUUGAUUGACAGAAAAUACCUUUAAUAAUAAAAUCAUUGAUUACUAAACAUAGAAUAAAAGUACAUAAAAAACAUAGGGGAUGUGAUAAAACUUGGUAAAAUAAUGCAGGCCAACGAAGAAUUUCUUGGAUAAUUACUUAUAAAUGUGUUUGUAUAAAAUAUUCUCUUUCUGUUCUUUAGAGUCUUUUGCCUACAUUCGUCAACUUUUAAAAAGGAAAAUGACGCUUGUAAAUAAUACAAUUAACAAAGGUCUUAUAGGUAGAGCUGACAGUUAAACUAUUUAUUUACUUAUAAUACUCGAAAUAAGGGUGAAAAGAAUACUUAUCCAAUAAAUAACUUUUAUUUUUCUACUGAAUUUCCUAAAUAUAGUUUUAGUAAGCCUACAUAAAAGUAGUUGUAUUAGAAUUUCUCAACACAAUAGCAGAAGAGAGAAAAGAGAAAAUCAAAGUUAUAUAGCAAUGAACAGUCACGUUCUCUUGUGAAGCUGUAGAAAUGGUGUGAGACCUAACGCGUGAAGAGAAAGAGUGAGAAAAGCGAAGGAGAGAAGGAAGUUAUACUAAAAAUAAUUCCCCUAAAUUCCCUUCAUACCUAACCAAUUGAUAGUAAAUUGUACAGACUGACAAAGCUAUGUUUCUGGAAAUUAAACUCGGCAUAUCAUUUGUUACAGUAAUGCAGCAAAUUUGGUUUUCUUUUACACAAUUCCUAUGAUAGCUUUGCUUCAUUCCCCCUGUUUGGUAUUUGAAGGGAUGAUACGCUUCCGAAUCCAAUUUCUUCCUCAGUAACUGUAAUAAAUAGGACAGUCGUCUUGGCGUGGUAUUUUCUAAAAGAUUUAACUCCACUUAUACUGUCUCUAAAACCGAGAAAUUAAUUACACUCAGAUGUAUACAACAAGGUCAAAAGAAACGCUACAAAAAUGAACUGCUUACAAAAGCUAGUCACGUUCUGUGCUGAGCGUCACCGGGCGUUUCGAUACACCUAUUUUCUCGGCUCGACUGUCGCUUAACUCAAUCCUCUAGCACGAAACCUCACCGAGAUUAAAGGAUGUCAUUCUCUUUUUAUUCUGCAGGAAAAUAGUCAACAGCCGUCUAAAAGAAUUCGUCUACGGAGAAACUUUCAAUUCUGUGCACACUUUAAAACAUUUAGAUUUAAGUAAUAAUUCGCUAAAGUCCUUAAAUUGGAGGUUGUUGAAAGAGUUUAACAUAACAUAUCUAAACUUACAAAAUAAUUCAAUAUCUUGCGAAGAUUGUAGCAUAUUAUAUUUAAAGGAAUUUCUUAGACUGACAAAUGCGUCCUAUGAAGGAUCAGAUAAUUGUUCCUUUUCCGAGUGUGAAGCCAACGUAUUUAUACGAAUGAGUAAAAAGAUUGCAAAAGCCGGGGAAACUUUAUUGGGAACAUGUUAUGGUGCUGGAAAGCCUAUGCCUGAAAUAGAAUGGUUGUAUAGUGGUCGUAUAAAGAAAAGAGUAAAACAGCUAAGUUCAAAUCGUGUACGUUUAAUGAAUGUUUCAUUAAACGAUAGCGGAGAGGUUAAAUGCCUUGUAAAAAGUAGAAAAAAUAAAGCGAAACAUUCCAUUAACGCCACGGCGGAAUAUUGUGUUGAAGCCAAACCGUCAAAUGCUACUAUUUCUCACCAUGGCUCUUCCAAAUAUAUCAAUCUGAUUGUUACGAUUUUUACUUGUCCAGGAGAAGUUGAAAUAAAAUACGAGAAACUAUCUGGUGCGAAUCAAUCAUUCGAACAUUUUGGCAGAAGUAUUACUUGGCGUCCCCCUCAUAUUCAAGUAACUCAAACGUGGAGAUCCUAUAGUUCUAGUGCGUUGUAUAAUGGAAAGUAUAAAGGAAUUGCAAAAAAUAUCAUCGGAGAGUAUCCUUUUGAAAAGACUAUGAACUUCCAUCGGGAAGGUAACAAUAAAGACAUCGAAUGGUUGUUAAAUGGAAAACCUGAAGCCGUUCAGAAAAAUGAUCCAAAAGUGCUUAUUAUGUGCAGUAUUUUUGGUUCAGUUUUUUUACUAAUAGUAAUAUUAGCUGCCUUAUUCUUAUCGGCCAAAAUCUACGUAAAACGCCAUCGCGAAGAGCUGAGAAAUCGAGGAAGAUGCUUUAAAUUCCUUUGUAGAAUUGGUUCUGUUAAGGAACCAGUUCCUCGCCACGAAGUUCUACCCCUAAAUAAAAUUAACAUGACUGAUAAUCCGAAUUACACUCCUUGUGGUAUUAGUAAGCAUACACUGAAUACUGCUAGCGUCAUUAAAGAGAUACCCGCUAGUAGUGUAAGUCUCAUUAGAGAAUUGGGCGAAGGUGCAUUUGGAAAAGUAUCUUUAUGCUCUUGGAAAGUUAAGGACAACGAAAGCGAUUUCCUAGUAGCUGUAAAAACACUAAAGGAAACGGGUAACGAAUUAAAAAAAGACUUUGAGAGAGAAGCAGAGUUGUUAAGUACCUUUGAUCAUCCUAAUAUUGUUUCCUUUUAUGGAGUAUCAACCGAUUCCACUGAUUAUAUGAUGGUCUUUGAAUAUAUGAAUCUUGGAGACUUAAACAAUUUCUUAAGGAACAGGGGACCUGAUGCUAAAUAUUUGUCACCCUUUAGAAGUCGAAGAGACUCUGAAACAUCUGAAAUUGAAGAACUAACGACAACCGACCUCUUGUCGAUUGCCGUCCAAAUUGCUGCCGGCGUUGAAUACUUAACUAGUCAGCAUUUCGUCCAUAGGGAUUUGGCGACUCGAAACUGUUUGGUCGCUGACAAACUUACCGUGAAAAUUGGCGACUUUGGAAUGUCGCGGGAUCUAUAUAGCACGGAUUAUUAUAUGAUAGGUGGCAAUACCAUGCUCCCUGUUAGGUGGUUACCACCUGAAAGUAUUAUAUAUAGAAAGUUUACAAUAUAUAGUGACGUUUGGAGUUUCGGUAUCGUUUUAUGGGAAAUAUUUACCCAUGGCAAACAGCCUUGGUACGAACUAUCGAAUAAAGAAGUUUUGGAUCAUAUUCAGAAAAAUAUUGUACUUGAGAAACCAAACGAAUGUCCAGAUAUUGUUUACAAACUGAUGCUGGAUUGUUGGACUCAAGAUCCUCAAGAUCGAAUUCCAAUAGUAGCGUUACGCAAUGACUUAAAAACCUUGCAUGAAAAAUCAUUCAAUCUGGAUUCAACAAAUUCAAACUAUUUACAAGUUGUUUAG